ACAUUACUCUCCCGCCUGUGGAAAGUGAUGUUGGGAAAUAGAAACACGAUGUACUUUUUAAAGGAAAACGCAUCCCGGGCCUUUCCUCAAGGUGUGGUUGAAGGGUGACGAUUGCGACAAAAUAUUUGCAUUCACUUCGAAGUGUACGUGACUCAGAGUACUUAUUAGAAUUACACUGAAGAAGAUGUAGAUACACAUCGCUACCUCGUGAUGAGUGCACCUUUUACGCAGCUUGGAGACCCAUGUGGGCAAAUUCUCCAAAGGCUGUGGGACUACUUGAGGAGUGAACACGAGGGGGUCCUACUCUCCCCCUACCUGCCCACCUUCUGUGCUUUCCUGACCCACGUCACGUUUUGCGCACCUUUCCUGGUGCUGGACCACCUGGCCGGAGUCAGUCAGCGACUCCGCGCGUGGAGAAUCUCAGCGGAUGAGCCUCCGCCGCAACUACGCGCAUGGUUGACGUGUCUGUGGAAGAUCGCGGUCCAAUACCUGACCGUUGUGCUCCCCGCAAGCGCGCUCCUCCAGAUAUCGAGGAGCCCCCCUCAACUACUCGAGCGGUCUCCAACCAGCUGGCAGCUUUUUGUGGACGUCUUUGCCUGUUUCCUGCUUUUUGACACGUUUUUUUUCUUUUGGCACCUCUGUAUGCACAGAUUCCUGUGGCUUUACCGCAACAUCCACCAACAGCACCACCAGCACAAGAUACCGUUCGCCUUGCAGGCUCAAGAUGCCAGCCCCUUGGAGUUGCUCUCCCUGUUGCUGCUAGCACAGAUCAGCACCUGUCUGGUGAACUGUCACCCCCUAAGUCAGAUCCUCUUCCACAUUCUCAACACCUGGUUGGCGGUGGAGGACCACUGUGGCUACAACCUGCCCUGGGCUCUGGACAGACUGCUGCCUUUUUUUGGCGGAGCCUCUCACCACCACACUCACCAUCGUCGACAUAAUGUCAACUUUGCACCCUAUUUCACCCAUUGGGACCACCUCUUUGGUACAUACAGCGGGGACUGAUACUGUAUUCAAGUUUCAUUCAUAAAUGAAUGAAUGUUAUAGCAAUAUGAAGUUAAUGUCAGAACAAAACGGGCAGUGUGAAAUCGAGUCUAACAUCUUUGCUGUUGAUUUUACAAGGAGAAAUGUGAACUCUGGAAAACUAGUCGGAAUGAUUGUAAGAACUACAGGAGGUUAUGCAAUGCUCUACCUCCUGACUUAAGAAACUCUGACUCGAUUCUAUUUUACAUUUUAAGUCAGGUCUCAAAACGUAUCUUUUUAGAUCUGCCUAAAACACCUGAUUGCAAAUGUUUUUACUCAUUUUCAUUUUAUUUUUUUAUCUUAUUUUAUUUCACACUAUCUCCCACUUUUAUUUUUUUAUUACUAUUUUGUUUAAUUUUACUCAAUGUUAGGUGACCUUUAGGCGCUGUUAAAUAAAAUUUAUUAAAGUAUGUAUCUUUUAUUGCUGUGAAUUGCUCAGUAUUGCAAGUAUCGCCCAAAAUUAAAAUUUUGAUUCCAAGUAUACUAUAUUAUAUAUUAUUGCAAAAUGUUAAUGUCAGAAUUCUGUGUACAUUUGAUUAUAUAAACUAUAAUUAUUUAAAAUAAACGGUCCCUUUUCCCGCCA